AUGUGGGCGGGGGGAAGGUGAAAACAGUCUUGUUAUUUUAGGUUAGAAUAGGUUGCUAUUUAUUUUCAUGUUUGUUUUUGCAGGAGUUCUUAUGGAAAACCCUGUUGUGUUCAUGGAUAGUAAGGAUGUGUCAUGUACAUCUUUCCCCUCUGAUGAAGCACACAUGAUAGAUGAGCCAGGUUCAUCCUGCAGUAGGGAAGUAGAUCGUCUUGAUGACAGCAAAUUAACUGGUGAUGCCUCUGGAGCCACAGCCAAUAAUGACAUCAAACCAAAGUCCAUUUAUCGUGCCAAAACAUGGUCAGAUGAAGUUGAGAAUCUUUACAGAUUUCAGCAGGCUGGAUAUAGAGAUGAAAUUGAAUAUAAACAAGUGAAACAUGUUGAUAUGGUGGAAAGGUGGCCAGAAACUGGAUUUGUGAAGAAGCUUCAGAGAAGGGACAAUACAUUCUAUUAUUAUGACAGGGAAAGAGAAUGUGAAGAUAAAGAAGUUCAUAAAGUUAAAGUUUAUGCUUACUAAUUUUUCUUACAGCCUGUUGUUUUGUAAAACUGAAACAGUUUGAAAUUAUAAAUGGAAACCAUUGAACAAGUCAUUUGAAACUAACUUGACUGAUUUUAAAUAUGGU